AGGAGAUGCAGUGCUCACCACUUUGGGAGAAGAGUGACUUGCUGCCUGCCUGUGAAAGCUCCUGAGAAGCUAGAGGGCUUCACUGUCUGCAACCUUGGCUCCUGAUUCAUUGCUUACUUCUCAGCCUGAGAGACAAUCUGUACUGGAAGACAACUGACAGCUCUGUGAAUGGCACUGAAUGCUCAGGAUUUACUGACCAUGGAAGAUGUGACCAUAAAAUUCACCCCAGAGGAAUGGGCCCUACUGGACACACCUCAGAGAAAGCUGUACAGGAAUGUGAUGGUGGAGAACAUUAAUCAUCUCCUAUCCCUUGUGGACAAAGAAAUGCUGUGGACGGUGGAAGGAAGAGUUAUUCCCCAACUUCAGCAUCCAGAAAGAAAGAUUGCUCCUAACAUACAAGAAAGGAUAAGGACUCAGCCUAUUGGAAAAACUGACACACCCACCAUCAAGGUAAUGGAAUGGAAAAAUAUUCAGAAAAAUACCUGUGAAAAUCAUCUGUGUUGCAAAACCUGCAACCAGGAAUCCCUGCAUAGAAGAAACAAAAUGACUGAAUAUGGAAAAGGUUCAAACAAAUGCCAUCAAUGUGGUAAAGGCUUUAGAAGUUGUGCUGAGCUUAGAGGUCACACACAAAGUAAUAUAACUGAGAAGCCAUAUGAAGGUUGCAUGUGCAGAAAAACUUUCAGUCCAUUUCUUAAACAUCAGCAUGAGAGAACACAGACACAUGAGAAACAGUAUGAAUACCAGCAGUGUGGGAAUACUUUCACCCAUUUUUCUAACUUCAGAAGGCAUAAUUGCACACACACAGGAGAGAAACCAUAUGCAUGUCAUCUAUGUGGGAAAGCCUUCACUGAUUCAUCUAACCUUAAAAAUCAUAAGCGAACACACACAGGAGGGAAACCCUAUCGAUGUGAUUUGUAUAGGAAAGCUUUCACACAGUCAAAUCACUUGAGUGGACAUAAGAGAACACACACAGGAGAGAAACCAUAUGAAUGUCAUCUGUGUGGGAAAGCCUUCACUCAUUUAUCUAAACUUAAAAAUUAUAAGCGAACACACACAGGAGAGCAAUCAUAUGAAUGUCAUCUGUUUGGGAAAGCUUUCUCUGAUUCAUCUAACCUUAAACAGCAUAAGAGAAUGCACACAGGAGAGAAACCAUAUGAAUGUCAUCUAUGUGGGAAAGCCUUCACUUUUUCAUGUAACCUUAAGAGGCAUAAGAGAACCUCACAGAAGAGAAAAACCAUAGGAAUGUCAUCUGUGUGGGAAAGCUUUCACUCAAUCCAGUCACCCUUAGUAAACACGAGUGAAAACACAAAGGAUAGAAACCAUAUAAAUCUCAAUGCUAUUGGAAACCCUUCACUCAUUUAUCCAGCCUUGGGCAACAUGAGAAAACACACUCUAGAGAGAAAUCUUCCAUAUUCCCUGUGUUGGAAAGCUGUCAGUAAAUUAUGUCACUUAGUCUUCCUGAGAGAACUCACACAAGAGAGAAAACACAUGAAUAUACUAAGUGUGGGAAUGACUUCAGUGUUUUAGACUUAAUAUUCAUAUGGGAUAGUGUGAUUACCUAGAAAUUUUAAAUAAGGAUAUGUGCAAAAAAUUCAUUAACUUUCC